AUGUCUCAAUUUACGGAGUGGUAUUACCAAGAUUGGGAGCAGCAGCUGUUGCACCUGGAUCAACCGCAUGCUUCGAACCCUGCCUUAAACGCUGACUUUGGCUACAAUAGCUUUCUCAUGAGCAAUGACACCAACUGGGCAUCUGGCGGGUUCGUGAAUGGAGCACCUGUGGAAGACACGUUCGAGGUCCCUAACCCUGACAUUUUCAGCGGAGCUCAUAGCAUGCCUACAAGAAGUCGCUCGACCGCUAUGAUACCGAUGACUGGCAUUAUGACAGGUGGUGCAAGUUACGACGACAGUUCUAACAAUAGCCCCGCGAGCAGAACAUAUACCGACUUGCCGUCAUACGGUAAUACACAUUUCCCUCGCAAUUUGUCUGCCCCUGCCCUGGGCAACAAUGUCGGCGGUGGUGAGCUUGGUGGUGGCACACGCCCUUCUUCAUUGCCCACCUCUGCACCUCUAAACAGUGGCCGUGAAUCAGAAACAACGUUUACCGAUGUAAAUGUACCACCAAUUAUUCGGGACUAUCAAAAGCUCAUGGAUCCUCUUAAAAACAAUGUCGACGUCGACACAUAUUACGCCUCUCUUGAAGAGGCCAAUGAAUCUCAGCGCCCCAGCGUUCGACUCCCAGAAGAUCCCACCAUUCCUCAUACCCAGAUACAGAAGCGUGCAAUCGUCAAACAAAUGUGUAACGCUAUGGCAAGCGCCCAUCGUGCGCAAGACAACAAACCUAUGAUCAAACCUUUUAAAGAUGGUAGAUACAGCGAUCGGCGAAUGGAAGCGGCAUGCUGGCAAGUCUUGGAAACGGCCAUUGAGCGGCACACUUUUGGUCCAUUGUUGAGUGCCUUUGAUGUCAAACCGAAGAACCAUGAGAUGGUAACAUUUGCCACCAGGAUUGACAAGAUCAUCGAAUGUCUCAUGCUUCACAAGACUAUUUGCAAGCAUCUCCUCGACCCGCUUUAUGUCUAUCACUUUGUUGACGAUCCUGUUCAGGCUGAGAAACGCGUGGUUGCAAACAGGCUGUUAAACAAACGCAAAGGAGAAGUGAUGAAUGCAGGAAAGCAAGUCCUCGGUACCAGAAAGCCUGGUGCCAAAAAGAGGUCUGGCAAAGCUGCUAAAGCCGUUACCCCACCCACAGAUGAAGCUCCUUCAGAUACUCCUGCAAGCUCGAGCACUGGUAUUGAAGGUGGGACACUUACUCCUGACGGGCUCACUCGGAUGGUGAAAGCUGAGCAAAUGAGCUCCUCUCCCAUGCCUAGCAUGGGUACGCCAACUCAAACAUAUACUGCAGCCCAGCAGUAUUCGUCUCCCCCUAUGAUGGGAAACCUUGCUAUGUCGCACAUGCAUAAUCGCCGGAUGAUUGCGCCCACCUCCCACCCGAGGCCCAUAAUGAUGAACCCAAACAUGCCUUACCAUUCUCGUGGUGGCUCUAUCAAUCUUGCUACCAGACGUAAACGUCCCAUGGGUGACUAUGAGGCCUCUUCUCCUGGGAAGCGCCAGCGCUAGUGUCUG